UGUGGAUUCGAGAUCCAGUGUGACGCUUCGGAGAUGGCGGAAGAAUGCCGCGUGGAAGGCGAUGAUGGCCUCGGCGAUCCUGACGUGAAGAUCAUCCUUUUGGGUGAUUCGGCCGUCGGCAAGUCCAAGUUGGUCGAGCGAUACAUGAUGAACGAGUACCAGCCGCGACAGUUGUCUACGUUUGCCUUGACGUUAUUCCGCAAGGACUUCACCAUGCCAGAUGGGAAGACAGUCAAGAUCGAUUUCUGGGACACAGCCGGGCAAGAGCGAUUCAACAGCAUGCAUUCGUCGUACUACUUUGGCGCGGCGGCAUGCAUUCUCGUAUUCGACGUCACGCGGAAAACCACGUAUCAGCACUUGGCCGACUGGUACAAAGAACUCAGGGAGUACUGCGAAACAGUCCCGUGCUUCCUGGCAGCAAACAAAGUCGACGUCGACGUAGAGGUGACAAACAAGAAAUUUAAGUUUGCCGAGACCCACAACUUGGGUUUCUCCUUUGUGUCAGCGGCCGACGGCACAAACGUUGUCAAGCUGUUUGAAGAGGCCAUCCAAGCGGCGCUCAAGUUCAAGUCGGAGGGCGGAGACUUUGUGUCGGACGUGCUGGACUUCCUCAACGACUCCCCGCUCGAUAAACCAACGAGAAAGUGACCCGGCAACGAGGGCAGUCGACGCGGCAGUCGUGGAAUCUAAUACACAGCUCUGUCCAUGCACUCUCCUUGGCCAGUGGCAACUCCCACUGCCAUCCUUCCGCACGACUGCGGUGUUUACUCGUGGUGUGCAUAUGACGACUCUCCUUCAACCAAGAAUUCGUCUGCAUCCUCAACUCUCGCAAUGUCCAAAUGACCCGAACGUGACCCACACCAUGGAGCCAUGCAACAACACCGAGGUCGGCGAACCCACCG